AUCUCGCGAUCCUGUUUGAUUCCGAGUCGAAAUCUAAUAUGAUUCCUGUAGAUACAUUCGGUAAACGUUCUUGUUUCCUUAUCUAAUGCCAAUCAACAUCAAUAUCAAAUCUAUCGAGUUCGCCGACUCCUACCCUUACGGUCUCCUCCUUCACUCCGUCUAUAUAGAAAACUCUCUCUCCGUCUCUCCAGAAGCUGCAGUACAGACUCGACAUAGCAUGUAACCAUCAUAUGGAGGUUGAAGACGACUCCGAGAUGAAGGAGAAAAGAGAUUGGUCCGGUCGCUUGCCGCGCCUUUCCAUGGGGAGCGAGGGCGAAGACGAGGUGGCGAGAUGUAGCCGCUGCGGCCAGCCGUUGAACGACUCAGAUCAGGUGAUGUCAUCGUCGAGCAUGGCGUCGGCAGAGAGGGAGCGGCGACCAGAUCGAGCACUGGAGACGAAGGGGAGCCAGGCUGCGCCGGCGGAGUGUCGGCUCGUAGUCCGGGUGCCGGGUGGGUCCGGGCCGAUAAGCCUGAACAAGGAGGAGGUGAAGGCGUGCCGUGAUCUCAUGAUCGGGUUUCCCUGCGGCCAUCUGAGGGUGGAACUCCCUGUAGCGUUCUCCGACAUGCAGGCGGACGCCGCCGGCACCUGCGACGACCUUUCCCCAGUCGCCAACUGGAAGAUCGCCAGCCCAGAUGACGACCCGGAGAAGAUGAAGGCCAGGAUCAAAGUAUGGGCUCAAGCCGUGGUUCUCAUGUCUGCUAUGAAGUCACCCCGCUGACCACUUCUUGUUUGCUCAUCGACGAAAGCACAUGAUGAUACGUGUAGAUCUUGACAGCCGCAUCUACAUUCCUUCAGUCAAAUUUUGUAAUGAUUUCUUGAUAUUUCUCUUUACAAAGUCUCUCUCUAAUGAAAAGCUUCGA